AUGGCGGCCGACGUUGGAGCAGCUGGGGUGCAGCUGCUGGAUUCACGUGGAGUCGGCAAGGUGCCGACGUUUUCGGGCAAGAGGGAGGACUUCGAGGAUUGGAUCUUCCCGUUCGGGUCCUACUGCGGUCUGCUGGGCUGGACGGCAGGCCUGGACAGGUCGCGGGAUGCUGAGGAGCCGCUUACUGCGGAUGACCUCGGUGAGCAAGGAGUGCAGGUCGGCAGGAGCUUGUACCACCUGCUGGCGAGCACCACGAAGGGCACGGCGCAGAGCAUCGUCAAGCUCUGCCCGCGAGGCGAUGGCUUCGAGGCGAUGCGGAGGCUGCGCAAGGAGUACCGUCCGAGGCUGAACGAGGAGCACGGCCAGAUGCUCCAGCAGAUCUCGAGGCCGCUGUGGUGGAAGGAUCGCGAAGGCAAGGAGCGCUUCGCGGAGGUGCUCAUCGCCUGGGACGAGCGGAUCUCGAGGUACGAGCGCGCGACUGGAGAGCAGGUCACGCAAAACAUGAAGACGAGCGCGAUCAUGGCCCACGCGCCCGAGGAGGUGAAGGUCAUGCUACGCUCGGCGCAGCGCGAGGUGCGCAGCGACAUUACGCAGAUGAGGAACUGCAUCUUCGAGGCGGUGAUCGGCCAGAGCGGGGUGGUCGCGAAACCGCCGACAGCGAGCAAGGGGAGCAAUGAUAUGGACGUCGACGCGAUCUCCAAGGGCAAGGGCAAGGGCGGCAAGGACAGGUGCCAGAUCUGCCACAAGCUGAGCCACACGGCCCGAGACUGCUACUGGCGUGACAAGGGCAAUCAGAAGGGCGACGGAAAAGGUCGAGGAGCAGGAGCGGGAUCUAAGGGCGGAAAGGACGCCAAGGGCAAAGGCAAGGAUGGCUACACGUUCACGGGCAAGUGCGACUAUUGCCACAAGACAGGCCACAAGAAGUCGGACUGCAAGAAGCGGAUCGCCGAUGAAAAGGCCAAGGGUAAUGCGGCUAUCGAACAGGAGGGCACGGACCCGAAGACGGUGGCCAAGAUAGAGUACGCGGAGUACGAGUGCGAGAUCUGCGACGACGACCAGCUCUACUGCAUGGCGAUGAAGGCGGAGGAUCCCGAGACGGAGUGCUGCGGCAUGGAGCUCGAGGAGACGACCUUCAUCACGCUGGACACGGCGAGCGACUGCCACGUGGGGCCGACUUGCUUCGGAGAAGGCUGCAGGAGAGGCGAGGAUCGCGGACCGAGGCUGCUGGGUGCGCAGCGGAAGGAGAUCAAGAUGGACUCCAUUGCGACGAUGCCGAUGGCGGUUGCCGACGACUGCGAGCAGCCGAGGCUGCUGAAGGCGGACUUCAGGUUGUGUGACACGGCAUCGAAGCCGUUCUUCUCGCUGCUGGAGGUGAUGGACAAGGGUGCCGAGUUCUGGCUGAGCGCGAAGAUGGGCAUGUGCAUGUGCCCUGGCGGUGACCUCAGCAAGGGCAUCCCGCUCACCAGGAAGAACAACACGUUGGGCUUCAACGCGAAGACCUUCUGGACAGCGACGGAGGCGAAGGAGUUUGCGGCCAGUGUGAACGCGAAUGAGCAGCAGCUGCGGCAGCGGAUCCAGAGCGAGAUGGAGCAGCUGAGGGCGCAGGAGGAGAGCGACUGGCUCGACAUCCUUCGCGUGGAGGACAUGCGGGCGAGGCUCAAGGAGAUGGGCCAACCUAUCUACGGCAGGAAGGACGAGCUGUGGGCUAGGCCCAGCGACGCGGAGCGGAGGCUCACGGCACACCACAUGAAGAUGAAGGAGCUGGAGCGCAGGGCGCCGUGGUGCGAAGCCUGCGUGCGAGGGAACGAGACGACCCAGCCACAUAAGACCCUCACAUUUGACCAGAAGGACACUGGGAAAGCGCAGAUCACCCUGAACUUCUGCUACCUGAAGACCAACGGCGACUGGGCGGAGAUCGGAGAGUUGGAGCCGCCAGCGGCGGACAUCUUCGCGACGACGCUCGUGAUGGCGGACAGGGACACGCUGAUGUUCAACGCAGUUUCGAUGCCUACCAAGGCGGUCACGGACUACGCAUCAGCCAGCGUGAGCAGCUUCAUCGAGGGCAUGCAUCUCACGACGGCAGACAUCAAGACGGAUGGCGAGCCCACGAUCGUGAACUUGGUGGAGGAGGUGCGGAAGAAGCUGAACAAGAGCAUCAAGCUGGAGGAGAAGCGUGGGAACCUGAAGGACAGCCAGAGCAUGGGCGCGAUCGAGGCUCCGAUCAGAUGGUUGCAGGCGAAGGUGAGGACGUACAAGUUCGACUUGGAGAAGCGCUACGGCAUGAAGAUCACAGCGGACGUACCGAUUUGGUGCUGGCUUACGCGAUACGUUAGCUGGGCUACCUCUACGUACAGACCACGAGCCGAUGGGAGGACAUCCCAUCAGGCAGCCUACGGAGUGACCUACAACGGAGAGAUUCUCCCCUUUGGCGAGACGGCUCUCUUCAAGACUCCGAUCUCCCACACGAGGCAGAUCACGACCACGUCGCUGAAGCACAAGGGCGAGUCAAGUUUCGUGAAGGGCAUCUGGCGGCUGGAGCCAGCGUUGCGAGCAGACGACAAGCUGAUGAAGGCGGUGAAGGCCCUACCCUGGGACGCGAGGAGCGCCAAGCCGUGCGAGCUACUGCCCAGGAUGCAGAGGCCGAUGCCCAGGAUCGUUCUGACGGCGGCGGAGCAGAAGGCGAAGACUGAGGCGCAGGAGGCAGCGCGAGAGGCGACGCCACCCCAGGGGGCGCCCGAGCAGGGGGCGCGGCCGGCUGCAGCAGCGAGCGCGGAGCCAUCGUUAGCACCUGCGGGACCUGGAGUUGGAGCGGCAGCGGCGGCAAGGCCAGAGGAGAAGAGCACGACGGAUGCGGACGUGCCGAUGACGCCCCGAGGGCUGAUCAGACCUGCCGACGCUGAGGACUUCGGCGCACCAGGCAAGCGCGCGAAGCACGUGAACGCGGUCUCGCUCGACGACCCUAUCGACUACAGCAUCCUGGACAGGAUGGGCACAGACUGCUACGUGACGGUCAGCGGACUGGAGCCCGCGGUGGAACUCAAGGGCAGGCGCGAAGCACUAGAGGUGCUGGCGCACUAUGGCGUGCACAGGGACAUCCCGAGGAGCGAGAGCAGCGAGUUCAAGAAGAUCAGG